AUGACACUGCUGCAAUGUCAGUCUCUUGUGAUGAUCGCUUUCUUGGUAUUGAAUCGUAGUUCCUUCAGCUUUGCAAUCAAGUCCAAGGUGGUUGCGAUAUACAACGACAGUGAAUGCUCGACAACUCCAUUGAACUUGCAAGUCUCGAAUACCUCCUUGUACUGUAAGGAACAGACUUGCAGCUCGAUAGCAUUCGGUAACAACACGUACUACUACAAUACCAGUUGUAUUAGCACCGAUGCUCACUCGUUCAUUGCUACGGUAUUCGCGGAGGACACGAGAUACAUCAUGGUGGACCAAUUCCGACAUUCAAAUUGCAGUCAAGACACGUACUUGCAAACUCACGCCGUCCAGCACUCAAGUGACUGUGUCCCCUUUGCAAUCGACUCAAUUUCAAUGGCACACAAUGCUGCAACUAUUGCUACGAUCCAUACGAGAGGAUCAGUGAGUAUGGUCUUCUUCUCUGCACCGAAUUGCAGCUUAGAACCAGUCUCGGAAUCAUUACCAAGCAAAAGCGAAGUCACAGAGCAUACAUGCUACCAAGCCAGUAAAUUCUACAUCAGUUCCGAGAUGAGACCCUCAAACUCCAGCAUCGCUGCUUCAAGUUGGUACAAGGAUUCAGGAUCAUCUUCAAACACAUUGGUAGACUCUCAAUCUGUCACUAGUAGCAAACCGUCACUUGUCAGUGCCCUCAUCAUAGCUGCAGUGUUGUUGAUACUUGGUGUCAUUGGUUUCAACGUGUGGAAAUGUCAAUCUACUAAACACAAGUUGCAAUUCUUACGAUCUACUGAAUCUAACGAUAGUGUUGCCAUGCUCGAACCUGAUGAUGUUGUUUUCAUGUCCAAGGCAGUAAGUAAUUGUCCAUUUCUUCCUCAAAGUAGCAGCACGUGUUCAACAAUUCGAGAACCGAUCACGACGAGCCGUUCCUUUGCUCCUGUUCUUGCAAAUGUUGGUUCGAGUUAUCAACGAUCGAGUCGCUCAUUCAUGCCGGGAUCAAGCACAAACUUGACAUUUCAAGGAACAAGAAUGAAUCGUCCAUGGGAAGACGAUUUCGUCGUGGCAGCACGAAUUCCUCGUGACAAAGUGGUUGUCAUUCGACUUUUGAGCCGUGGUGGCUUUGGCGUUGUUUACUCGGGACUAUACUUUGGUCGACAAGUUGCAGUGAAGAUGCUCUUGCCUGAAACUCGUCGUAGUAUUCCACACGUUGUCGACUUGUUGGCUGAAGUCAAGAUUAUGGCAUCGAUGGAACAUCCACAUAUCGUUGAAUUCAUUGGAGUAGCUUGGGACUCACUGACAAACAUGUGUGUCGUGUCGGAAUUUAUGGCUGGAGGUGAUUUGAACGCUCUGUUGAGUGACUACGAUGAACAGGAUCAGCCAACAGGUUUCAACAAGAACAAACUCAAGAUUGCGCUGCAUAUUGCUCAUGCACUAACGUACAUGCACUCACUUGAUCCUCCGAUAAUCCAUCGUGAUCUGAAAUCCAAGAACGUCUUGUUGAACAAGAAGCUCGAUGCAAAACUUACAGAUUUUGGAACUUCCAGAGAGCGUGUCAAUGAAUCGAUGACGGGAGGUGUUGGCACAUGUUUGUGGAUGGCUCCAGAAGUGAUGAUUGGUGAUAGGUAUGAUGACAAGGCCGACAUGUUUUCCUUUGGAGUUGUACUAUCCGAGUUGGACACACAUGUUUCGCCGUACUGGCAUGUAAAAGACCCCAAUGAUUCGAAUCGUCCAAUGCCCGAGCCAGCUAUUUUGCAAAUGGUAGCUACUGGAAAGCUCCGUGUUAAGUUUUCAAACGAAGCAGUCAAAGCCGUUGCAGAGCUAGGCAAUGCAUGUGUCUCAGUAGACCCGCAAGCACGUCCAACAGCAUCGGAGGCACUGUAUAAACUUCACACGGUGUUAGCAGAAGAUGUUGAAACAGCUACUCCAUUUGCUAGUGAAUGA